UUCUCUCCCACCGCCACCACCGCCCCUUGCCCUUUGUCCCUACUUCCCCUCUCCUCUUACUUGCUUCCCUCCCCCUCUACCCUACCUGCGACCAUGAGCUCCCACGACAACGAGAACGAGGAACUGAUCGACUACGAGGAUGAGCACGACGUGGUCACGAACGGCGCCCCUGCGCCAUCGGCAGCCAACGGUGUGGCUGUCACGGCUGGUCACCCCUCUGUCGAUGGCGAGGGCAAAGAUGACAAGAAAAACUUCUCAGGAAUCCAUGCUACUGGCUUCAGGGACUUCCUGUUGAAGCCUGAAUUGCUUCGCGCCAUCAGUGACCUUGGUUUCGAACAUCCUUCCGAAGUGCAGCAAGAAUGUAUCCCGCAGGCGGUGCUUGGGAUGGACGUCCUGUGCCAGGCGAAGUCUGGACAUGGAAAAACGGCAGUUUUCGUACUGGCGACCCUCCAACAGCUGGAGCCCGUCAACGGCGAGGUGUCCGUCCUCGUUCUCUGCCACACGCGCGAGCUCGCGUUCCAGAUCAAGAACGAGUACACUCGCUUCGCCAAGUACAUGCCCGACGUUCGCGUCAGCACCUUCUACGGCGGUACGCCAGUCGUCAAGGACGCAGAGCUGCUCCGCGACAAAAGCAAAUGCCCGCACAUUGUCGUCGCCACACCCGGUCGUCUUAACGCGCUCACGAGGGACAAAGUCUUGGAUGCGUCGAAAGUCAAGCACUUCAUUCUCGACGAGUGCGAUAAAAUGCUGGAACAGCUCGACAUGCGGCGCGAUGUGCAAGAAAUCUUCCGGGCGACACCACACCACAAGCAAGUCAUGAUGUUCAGCGCGACCUUGGCGAAGGAGAUCCGGGUGACGUGCAAGAAGUUCAUGGCGAACCCCCUUGAGAUCUUCGUGGACGACGAGACCAAGCUCACACUGCACGGUCUUCAGCAGCACUACGUGAAGCUGGAGGAAGUGGGCAAGAACAGGAAGCUGAACGAGCUAUUGGACACUUUGGAGUUCAACCAGGUCGUCAUCUUCGUCAAGUCAGUUGCUCGGGCAAUUGGGUUGGACAAAUUGCUCGUUUCGUGCAACUUCCCCAGCAUCAGCAUCCACUCUGGACUGGCUCAGGAGGAGCGUAUCAACCGAUACACAGCCUUCAAGGCCUUCGAGAAGCGUAUUCUCGUUGCGACUGAUAUCUUCGGUCGUGGUAUCGAUGUCGAGCGUGUCAACAUCGUCAUCAACUACGACUGCCCGCCGGAUGCAGACAGCUAUCUCCACCGUGUCGGCCGUGCUGGACGUUUCGGUACAAAGGGUCUUGCCAUCACCUACGUCUCGUCGGAGAGCGACCAGCAGGUGAUGGCUGCGAUCCAGUCGCGCUUCGAGGUGGCAGUCCCUGAGCUACCCGACCACAUUGACCCUGCUAGCUAUAUGACGUCUUAAUCUCCCGCUCUCGAUGUUGUGUCCUUGUUGUUGCAGUGUCUCUAGUGUACCUAUAUUGUUCCUUCUCCCGCUCAAUGGUUACCUGUCAAGCCUCAUCUGAGGUAACUUAUAUAAUGCGCAUACGCUGCCUGACUGCAGUGAGAUCCACGGAAGGAGUAAGC